AUGGUCACAUUUUUGGGCUUAAGUUUCGUUUUUCUUUUGCCCUUUUUUGAUUUGUGCGAUUCAACGCUGGCCAUUCCACAAUGUCGAGAAUCAUUUCGAGUCUUCAAGGGUAAUAUUUAUGGUGCCACUUAUGCGAACUAUGAGGUUCCAGUGGACAGUCAACAGUUCAGUCUCACGUCUUUUCCAUUCAUAUGCACUGAUUUUGCGACAAAACAGCGUUAUGGUUGGAUGAAUGCCGAUGUUUACAAGAGUGGACAAUUUUUGCCGAAUUAUUGUGCUCCAGGCUGUAUACAUCAAGUCGCAUUCACGGGUUCAAUCACUUGUGGAAUUCGCCGUCCACCGAUGGUCUGGGGUCCGCUAAAUCCAUCAACUGUCGAGACGACAAAUUGUGAUGAUCUCAAUCUGCCGAUGCACAAUUACAGUUUCGCGCAGCAAGCCGUUUUGGGUGUUUCGGAUGGAAUCCCCGAUUCAGCUCUCAAAUAUUUGGCCUCAUUUCCGUGGAAAGGGAUUCAGCUUUACAAUCAAUUCGACAAUGAGACGGCAUUUUCUUUAACGAUUAAAUAUCUUCUCGAUAAUGUGCCCACUAUUGAAGAGCUUUAUGUGAUACCGGCAAUUUAUUCAUUUCAACAAGAUAUGACAAAUAUCUUCAAUUUGACGACAACCAGAGAAUGGAAAGUGAUCAGUUUCGAGUCAGUCGCUUUCCCGGAUGGGCUCAUCUAUCAGACGACCUCAUUGAAAGCUCUCCGUUUCUAUAAAUCGAAAAUAGCGACAAUUCCAUCAUGGGUUCAAAAGCAGAAAAAUCUCCAAUAUCUCCAAAUCGACAACGACAAUGCAGUUGCCUCAUUGACCGGUUUAGAGUUGAUCGCCGAUCUUCCCUUGGAACAUCUUUUCUUGCCUAGAUGCAAUCUGAAAACUCUGAAUUCUCCUCUUGUCACCACAUCAUCUCUAAUCUCAUUGGAUUUAUCCUGUAAUCCAUUCGAAUCUCUUCCAAACGAUUUCUUCAAAUCAACACCAAAUCUCCUUUUUCUUCAACUUGGCGGAAACAAUCUUGGAUCUCUCGAUGCCGAGCUUUUAGCUCCACUCACUCAAUUGAGAACUCUCGAUAUUGGGAGACAAUAUCCUUAUGGGUCAUUUUGGGCAACAGGCGGCACAAUGUCCUGGUUGGAAGUGGUUUCAUCGACUGAAAGUUGUCGAGCAUAUGGGAAUGAUGCGAAUGAAACGCGAAUUCAAACUUUCACCCCGGACCAUUUGCCGAAUCCCGAGAAAAUGAUGAUAUUCGAGAUGAUGCUGCAAACAAAAAUCAAUCUCACACAAGAUUAUUUUGUGCCAUUUGAGAAUUUGAUUGGUUUAUCUAUCGGAGGCUUGAAUUUGCAAUCGUUGGACGGACUUGGAAUCGAGAAUCUCACGGAUAUCUCUAUUUUAAGAGCUAGUUUAAACCCGUUGCAAGACGAGAAUUGGUUGUCCGAUUCGAUUGUGAUGAAUCUCCCGAAGUUGAAUGUCAUUUAUGUGACACAAUCGACUCCCCUCUAUGCCCCUCCAUCAAUGAUCGCUCUCGCAAAGACUCAAUCGCUUGCAUCGGCUCAAUUUCAACAAGAUCUUCAAGUGCAAAACAAUCGUCCAAUGACAAUGAACUAUUGUGAUUACAAUCUUCUAAUGAACGUUCUCCUCACAACUCCACUAAAUGAAAGUUGUUCUUCAAUGUCCACUCAAGUGUUGAGUCAAGCAAAUCAACUCAUCACCACAAAAUACAUGAAACAAAAAGCGUACCCAAUCAUAUUUGAA